AUGUCUUUGGUAGAACCUGUGGACCUCGUGUCUAGAAAAUUGAAUUGGAACGAUUUGUCGAGCGACUCCUACGUGGCCUUCGAAUUGCCUGAUGCUCUCGAGAGUAAAAUCAACAACGAUAGAAACUCCGGUGAUUACCUGGAAAAGCUGGAAAAUAGUUCUAGAUUAAAAAGCGACUCACCUUCGUCUUUGAGCUCUGCAGCUGAAUCAGCCGAUACUAUUUUACCAUCCAUUGAUAAUGGGGAGUUGGACUUCGAAAAGAGUGGAAAAUCUGUUAUUGAUACGCACAUUUUUAGUGAGAAGCUGGACACGCUUACUAGCAAAUUGCUGGAAGAGGCUCAGAGGAGGAAGGAGAAAAACAGAAAGAGACAAGAAAGAAGAGCCCGUCAGAAAGUGAAGAAACAGCAAGAAGAGGUAGCAGCAGAUUCUAAGAAUGAGUCAGAACAAGCCAACGAAACACCAGAAUCUAAAGAUCAAAAUGAUUCUGAGAAGAAAAAGAAAAAGAAUAAAAAGAUCAAACAAACUUCAUCACCUACAUCUGGUUCAGAAACUCAUACCGAUGCUAUAAAUGAUAAAAUAGCAGAAAACGUAGAAAAAUUGGAAGAGACUAAAGAAAUAAAACAAGAAGAUAUGGAAGCAACGCAGAUUGUAAGUUCGCCACCUAAUAGCGAACGUGCUUCCAUUAAUGCUUCCCCGUUCAAAACUUCUUCUCCUGAUCCAUUGCCUUUUGAGAUCAAACUUAGGUCUGUGAAAAAUUCCAACAUGAAUGUGAGAUACCCGGAAAGCUUGCCUGAAGUUCAGCCAAUCAAAACUAUCAUAGGUGUAUCUCACCAACAGAUUUUAAAGAAGAUGAACAUGACUGAUGUCAAGAUCAAGAUCAUUGUGUCUUCGUCAUCUAUUUCAAAAUACGCUUCAACAGCUCUUUCUUUCACCAAGAAUCAUACCGACGAGCUUUUUGACGAUCCAGUCAAGAAGGCCAUCUUUGUAAAAUUGUGCAUUAAUGUAGCCUUGAAUGAAGCUAGAGGCUUCUCUUCGACCAUUGUACAGCACCCAAAUCUUCUUCAACUUUUUGGUUCAUACAGCGAGAUUAACUUGGAAACUACUCGUACCAAACUCACACCACCCACCAAGAAUGUUCAUCAAAAUCAUCUUGAUUAUUCCGUUCUUCUGUACAUAGGGUGUAUUCUUUUAUGGGCAAUUCAUUUGCAACGCCAAGCCAACAUUGAGGAUCUCACAAAAGCCUUGGAUGUUGAUGUCCAACAGAAAGAUGUUUUGGAACGUCUUGGUGGAUAUCAUCUUUGGGACAGGUUGAACAAAACGUCCAAGAUGAACUCCAAGAGAUGGAAGCAUGUCAUUAAAUUCAGGCAAUCAUACCCAUUUGAAGAGGAUCAGUUCAUGUUGAUCUUACGUUUCAUGAAGGUCUCCGAUACAAUUCCAUGA